CAGAGCUACGGCGCCUUCCUGCCCUACGCCGCGGAGCUGCCCAUCUUCCCGCAGCUGGGCGCGCAGUACGAGCUGAAAGACAGCCCCGGGGUGCAGCACCCGGCCGCGGCCGCCGCGUUCCCACAUCCGCACCCCGCCUUCUACCCGUAUGGCCAGUACCAGUUCGGGGACCCGUCCCGUCCCAAGAACGCCACCCGGGAGAGCACCAGCACGCUCAAGGCCUGGCUGAACGAGCACCGCAAGAACCCCUACCCCACCAAGGGCGAGAAGAUCAUGCUGGCCAUCAUCACCAAGAUGACCCUCACCCAGGUGUCCACCUGGUUCGCCAACGCGCGCCGGCGCCUCAAGAAGGAGAACAAGAUGACGUGGGCGCCUCGCAGCCGCACGGACGAGGAGGGCAACGCGUACGGGAGCGAGCGUGAGGAGGAAGACGAAGAGGAGGACGAGGAGGACAGCAAGCGCGAGCUGGAGCUGGAGGAGGAGGAGCUCGGGGGGGAGGAGGAGGACACGGGGGGCGAGGGCCUGGCCGACGACGACGAGGACGAAGAGAUCGAUCUUGAGAACUUAGACGGCGCGGCCGCGGGGCCUGAGCUGUCCCUGGCGGCGGCGGCGGCGCGCAGGGAUGGCGACCUCGGCCUGGGACCCAUUUCGGACUCCAAAAAUAGCGACUCGGAAGACAGCUCCGAGGGCUUGGAGGACCGGCCGCUGCCCGUCCUGAGUCUGGCCCCAGCGCCACCGACGGUGACCGCGGCUCCGCCGUCUCCUCCCUCACCCCCCCUGGGCCUGGACCCCUGCGCUCCCGGCCUGGGGCGCGGGACGUUCGCCUCUCGGCUCCUGCUCCCGCGGCCUGGGCGCCGGAACGAGCGCUCUAAAGGCCUCCUUGUCUUCCUCACUUCCUUAGAUCGCUGUAGUGCCUUGGAAGUGGAGAAAAAGUUACUCAAGACAGCUUUCCAGCCCGUUCCCAGGCGGCCCCAGAACCACCUGGACGCCGCUCUGGUCCUAUCGGCUCUCUCCUCAUCCUAGUUCUUAAAACAAUUUUUUAACCGUUGUAAUAAUUGUACAAAAAAAAUCACUCUGUAUAGUUACGACUUGUAAGCAUGUCCGUGUAUAAAUACCUAAAACAAAACUAAACAACAAAAGAGAAAAAGAAAUAAAACCAGUCCUCAGCCCUCCCCAAGUCGCUUCUGUGCCACCGCGCGUUAGCUGCGUCUGUGAGGUCUGUGUGUUCGGUUGAUUUUGGGGGUGGAGUUUCAGUGAGAAUAAGUGUGUCUGGCUUUUUUUGUAUAUACAGAGAAAUGUACAUAUGUGUGAACCAAAUUGUACAAGAAAGUAUCUAUUUUUGGCUAAAUAAAUGAGCUGUUGCCACUUUGACUAUA